UAGCCGCCACCAAUGCCAUCCCCCUUUCUCACCAGGCCAGCAGCAGCUGCUUCUAUAAAUUAAAAGAAGAAGAAAGAAAAGAAAAGAGAAUUCACACCGUCUUCCUCGGGUCUUUUUCUCUCUUUCGCUCUCUCUUCCUCAACAAAAAGCCAAAGUUUGUUAGUUUUGUCUCUUUUGUUUUUAUUUUCUUUUUCUUUUUUCAGGCUUCGCUUUUGCAUGGCACUGUCACUUGCUGCUUAGUUAGUCUUCAUCAGCUUGCAAGCGUUAGAGUUUCUGGCGGUGUGAUUCUGGCUGAACGCUGAUCAUCAUGGCUUCAUCAGAUGAAGAUUACAAAUACUGGGAUGCUAAAAAUAUGCUUGAUUUGUACUUGCACGAUUAUUUGGUGAAAAAGAAGCUACAUAAAACUGCUGCAAUAUUCAGAAAAGAAGCAGAUGUUGCUUCAACUUCUGUAGCGAUAGAUUCAUUUGAUGGGUUUUUAACUGAAUGGUGGUCAGUAUUUUACGAAAUUUUUGCGUCUAGGCAACUUAAGCAUCAGGAGGCCCAACCAAACUCCAUUGUUCAGGCUGGACAAAUGACACACAACGACUUGCAAAAUGUCUAUCCAAUUAUGCCACCGUUGGCCAAAAAUCAGCAGAGGCCAGAACAGUAUCCUGUUGGCCCUGACAAUAAUAAAAUGUUGGGCCGCCCUCCUACUUUCAUUCUGCCUGCAAGAAUGUAUGAUCAACAGCAGCAACUUAGGCAGCCUAUCAGCAACUUAACUCCUACCAAUCUCCAGCAGCAAACUAGGAAUCUGGGUACACAGCUAGUUGUAACGCAGAAUAGAAAGGCCAACAGCAUCGCUGGAGCUAAUCCUACGGGAGUCAAUCAAGUGCCUUUGGACGGGUGGCUUUCAAAUUUACUUAUGCAGACACCAAACGGUGCGCGACAGUUUCCCACGCCAACAAACCAACUCCAACAGAAUCUGUUGGGCCAGCCCUUGGCACUGACACCUGCUAAUUUUUAUGGUCGAUGUCUGAUACUUCCCAAGACUAAUUUGAGUGGAAAAGGCGCACAGAUGAUGGUCCAAACGAAGCAAAUUGAAGAGCGCCAAGAUGGUCAUAAUCGGCAUCCGCGGCAGCAGUUACCAGACAAUGGAAGAAAGCGAAGAAGAUUAUCAGAUUCAAGAGCCAGAGGCAACAUUUUGGGUAGUGCGGAGGCUGAAGUCGAUAAACCUGUGGAUGAAGUCGAAUCCUUUCUGUCUACUGUUGAUGAUUACAUAAGCGACAAUGAAUGCACUCCUCUUGGCACUUUGAAAUAUCGUGAUUCAGCUUGUAGAAGAACUGGUCAGAAAGGCUUUACCUUUCAAGAGAUUGGUUGCCUUCACUCGAGCAAAAGCAAGGUGUUUUGCUGCCAAUUUUCAUCUAACGGGAAAGUAUUAGCCAGUGCUGGACAUGACAAGAAGGUUUUCUUUUGGAAUAUGGAAAGUUUUGAUUUUAAUGAUUCAUCAGAAGGACAUUCUUCUCUAAUUACAGAUGUUCGAUUUAAACCAGAUUCAACUAUACUCGCCACAUCUUCCUUUGAUAGAACACUGCAAAUAUGGGAUGCAACCAAAUUAACGGGUCAUUCUACUUCUGCAAGUCAAAAUUGGGGCUCUUGGAUUAACCAAGGAGCUUCAAAUCACAGGCUGGAUCACAUUGUGUCUGAUGUCAUUCCGACCAAAUCAUUGUUUAAGCUUCUUGGGCAUGCUGAACAAGUGAUGGCAUUGGAUUUUCAUCCAAGAAACGGGGACGUCCUUUGUUCAUGCGACAGUAAUGAUGAGAUCCGAUUAUGGAAUGUCAACCGUGGUGCUUGCAUAAAAGUCUCUAAGGGAGCCACUAAACAAGUCAGAUUCCAGCCUCAAUGUGGCCAGUUAUUGGCUACUGCCUCUGGAAAUAGUAUCAAUGUAAUCGAUGUUGAGAAUAAUAGCCGCAUCCAAUUCAACUUGAAGGGUCAUGCGAAACAAAUCCUGUCACUUUGCUGGGAUAUCAGUGGAAAAUAUAUUGCAUCUGUCAGUGAAGAUAGUGCACGAGUGUGGUCACUUGCAUCGGGUGGAAAUUGCAUGAACGAGUUGCAUUCAAAUGGCAACAAGUUCCAAUCAUGCGCCUUUCAUCCUGGAUAUCCGGAACUCCUGAUGAUUGGUGGUUACCAGUCCCUUGAGCUGUGGAAUCCAAUAGAUGAUAAUAAGACACAAUCAAUCUCAGCACAUAAUGGGUUAAUUUCUGCACUGGCUGGUUCACUGGAGACUGAAAUGAUUGCAUCAGCAAGCCAUGACCGGUGUGUCAAGUUAUGGAAAUGAGACCUCCCAUUGUCUGCUUUAUUCACAUAUCCCACCCAUGUGGGGGUUUGUGAAUACAUCUUAUAGCUUCAGAAUAGAUUGCUUUCACAGUUUCUGACAGGCAUACAUGGCAAUCUUGACGAAUUCCAUUUUAUCAAAGAAAAAAGAAAAGCCAAUAGGCUGCCUAUAGAACUUGUUUCAUAGCCAAACAGGCAACAGUAGAAUACUUUUCAAUCGUAUAUCUUAUACAGGAAUAUACUCAAAGAUAUAAUCAAAUGUAGGAAUCAAGAAAAGAAAGAUUGCAAUAAGAUGCUGAAAUGUUUUCUUUUUC